UAUUACUCGUAGUAACCUAUGGUAAUGUAGUAACAGUGCUGUAAGUAAGUAAAAAAGAACUAAUAAUUUCCACUAGAGAAACGAUGAUUCUUCCAAGUAGUAUCAGUAAAAAUACUUAUCUUGCAUAUAAAGGUUCUGAAAAUAUAGAAGGCCAAAGAAAGUUAAAAGCUGAAAACUUUGAAUGGAAUUCAAACCAUCCGAAAACACUUGUGAUCAUUUGUAUCGAAAAAUUGAGUGAUAACUGGAUAGGAGUACCAGCUUUAGAAGAUUUCAUAGCAAAAGACCGAGACUUUUUUUUGCAAAUAUUAAGUACAGAUGUACCUCUACAAAUUUUGGUUGAUAAUAUUAAAAACGAUAUAUUUUGGAAAAGAUGUUAUUAUUCAAAGUGGACUCAUUAUCCUUCUGAUAGCGAUCAAAAACCGUGGAUAAAUAUUUUCAUGGAACAACACUAUGCAGAUAUACUGGAAAAUAUGAAUCCACGCCUUUAUGAUCCUGAAAAGGUCAAAAACUUAGUCAAGCUGUGUGGACCUUACAUACAAUCAUUAUCAUUAAAAAGUUUGGUACCUACUGAUUUACCAGAUCAACGAAAUACUUCGCCAGAAAUGGUUGGUAUCAUAUCUGGUCAACGACAAGCUAAUAAAUUCCAAAUGAACAAAAUCAGUGAAACUAUGACAAGAGAUCAUAUAUCAUUACAUGCAGCUUUAGGAAGUCUGAUAAAUUUAACUGAAUUACACAUAAUUUUUCAACAACGAUUUGUUGGUGUGGAAUAUCGUAGAGAUCAGUUUCAAUUUACUAACAAUGACGCAAAAAAUUUGGCACGAGGCUUAGAAAACUGUGCUCUAUUAAAAACUCUCAGGAUUACAAGAAGUGAUAUGAAUUGUCAAAGAGUAAAAUAUGUACUACGGGGAUUAACCGAUAAUUUUAAUAUUGAAACUUUAGACUUCAGCCACUGUAGAAUCGGUGAUGAUGGGGCAUUAAUUAUAGCGAAAUUUAUUUUAAAACGGGAUAAACUUCGAAGCCUUAUUUUGGCUGAUAACGUAUUCGGUCCCAUUGGAUUAGAAAAUAUAGCAUCAGUGCUAAAUCACGCAAGUUGUGGUUUACGUACUUUGGAUUUAAGACUAAACAAUAGACUUGGAUCAGAAGGAAUUGGACAUCUUGCAGUAGCUAUAGCAAGAGGAUGUAAUUUAACAUCAUUAAACAUUUCAGGAUGUGGAAUUAAACCAGGACCAUUGCAGAAACCACCAGCCGGCGUAUGGUCAGCUUUAAAUGCUGAAAACCCACCAACAUGUGGCGAUCUUUUGGCAAGGGCCAUAGGUUUAGUAAAAACGCCACUUAGAUCUUUAGAUAUUAGUGUCAAUGACAUUGGUUCUCCAAGUGAUAGUAUUUUGUCAAACGCUAUCUGUCUGAGUUAUUUAGUUGAUAUUAAUUUGAAGCGUUCUGGAAUGGGAUCUACGGCUAUGGCAAUUGCCGAGUCUGCUGCUGCUGCUCAAAGACUUAGGAGAGAAGCUGAAAAAGGUAUACGCUUUAGACGGAGUGCAGGAAGGGUAGUUCAAGCACGUAGAGUCGUCAAAGGAAUGAAUAUUGAUGCAGAUCCACUACUACUGGCUCAACAAUUAUCAGCUCGACCUUCUAUUGUAUCAGUUGCUUCAGAAGAAGGAUAUUUUAGUGUUCAAACUCAACCGCUUCCUAUAGAUUUUGGUUUUGUUCCUGCUUUGAAAAGUCCUAUGCCAUCUUCACGCACUUCUUCAAUAACGGGUCCUCCUACAUCAAGAAGAUCAAGCCAUCACAAUAUUCUAGAACCAGUUCAGGAGGUGCUUCGUGCAACAUUAGUUCGCCGAAGAUCUGAUGGAUCUCUUAUUCAACCAAGAGCUGAUAAUUCUGAACGACAUAUAAAAAUUUACGUUUCAAAUGAAAAUUCUAAAAUAUAAUUGAUGAUGUGAUAAUUAAGGUUUUUAAAAUAAAUGCCAACAAAAAAUA